CAGCAGAGAAUGGCUUUGUUCCCUGAAGAGAGAAAGGCUCAGCUGUGCUGCAUAAGCUUUACAACUCAGCAAUAUGAAAAUCAAGGCACUGAUUCUCUUCAUGUCUGCAAUGAUCUGUCAGUCCACAGCUUUGAGAGCACCAUUCACUGACAUGGAUACAACAGAGCCCAUUCCAGACUCCAAGCAGCAGUAUCUCUCAAUGGAGCGGAGGCAGUUUGACGAGCCCAGUGCUUCAGACGACGCCAGCCUUUGCUUUUUCUUCCAAGAAAAAGACGAAUCGAGUCACAUUUCCUGCAAACAUCGAUUAACACGCAGUAAAUUCAACUACAACCCGUUUGGGCUGCGCUUUGGGAAGCGAAAUGAAGCGACAACUACUGAGAGGGACAGACCCAAACACAAGCACCUGCUGCCAAUGAUGCUUUACCUGAGAAAACAAUUAGAAACUUCUUGAAAAUCGCUCUUCUGUCAGAUGGAAGGACGUGGUUUGCUUGGUUGAAAACUGUGGGUAAAUAUUUCAGGCACGCCUCGCCUGUUAUUAUGCUUUUUUAUUUCUCAAUUAUGGAAUUUUAUGGCGCACUUGUUUCAUUGAGUUACUGUAUAUGUGCAAUAAACGUUUUAUAUUGUUUGA